GCAAAAAAAGAUGAAGCAGGUGAUAGACCAACACAACUCAUGGAUUAAUCUACCCGGCGAAUCGCUCUAGGGCUUCGGCCGUCUUCACAUGCCUGUUGUGUGAAUGCCUUCAGCGGGUGGUUGGACUUGCCACUUGUCAGGAAUAGUAAACAGCCUGCGCUGCUGAAGACCGCGCCGACCUCUUACACUUUUGGAAAACGUCAACAUUUUUGUGCUGGGUCGCCUUCGUUGGUGAAAUAAACACGGACAACUUUGUCUGACCGGCUGCACAAGAGAAAGUGAGCCACACACACAAACUGGCAGAGGUGAGAUUACAGACACAGUGGCUGAGCGCCCGGGAGGCACAGACCCCUCUCGCUUUGAAGAUUAGUGGGUUGACGACGUCUGACAGAAACGAAGAACAGGAUUAAGCAUUGUGCAGUAUAACCUACUUCUCAUCACUCCCACAUAUUGUCUUCAGAAUAUUUGCGCAAUGACCUUUGGUGCACUUGGACUACAGCGGGUGCGCCCGUGAGGUGGGCAGGCAAUAAAGCUUGACAGAAGAUGCGACGGGGGUGGUGGCGGCUCGUCAGAUGGCUGGGGACAGGAAUGGCAAUCCUCUCUUUGCUAAGCCACAGCUGGGGCCAGAUCACAGAAGACUGGCAGUAUGAGGAGUGUAAACUAUCUAGGGGAGGACCCCCUGCGACCAUAGUCACCAUUGAUGAGGAGAGCCCCAACGGUACAGUUCUGGUGGAUAACAUGCAGAUAAAGGGCCGAGCUCAAGACCCUUUCAGAACCAUCUCGCUGACAUUACUGUACAACUAUGACUACUGGGUGAUACUGGAACCAGUGCGACAGAGGCUCUACCUCAAUAGUACUGGACGCGUUCUGGACAGGGAUCCCCCCAACUCCAUCACCACCAUUGUGGUUCAGGUCGAGUGCACCAAUGAGCUUGUUGGUACUGUCAUUUUGCAUGAGGUGCGGAUUAUUGUGAGGGAUAGGAAUGACAACGCCCCUCGCUUCCAGCAGCCCCGCUACUAUGUUGCAGUAAAUGAGCUCACACCAGUUGGAACAACCAUUUUCACUGGCUUCUCAGGAGGUAAUGGUGCUACGGACAUUGACGAUGGGCCCAAUGGAAAUAUAGAAUAUAGCAUCCUUUACAACCCCAAUGACCCGGCUUCAAACAGAACAGUGAGUUUUUUAACCACCCCUUCAGGAUACAUUACCCUGGCAGAGAGGUUAAACUAUGAGGAGAAAACUCGCUACCUGGUUUUGGUCCAAGCCAAUGACCGUGCCCUGUAUCCCCCCAACAGACUAACAGCUACCACGACACUGACUGUGGACGUUCUGGACGGCGACGACCUGGGCCCCAUGUUCCUGCCUUGUGUUUUAGUGAACAGCACCCGUGACUGCAGCCCCCUCACCUACCGCGUUGCUAUCCCUGAACUCACUGAACCGAACAAACUGAACCCACUGAAUGCGACUCCUCCGAUUCGGGCUGUGGACAUGGACAGAAACAUCCAGCCCCCAUCAGACAGACCUGGUAUUCUCUACUCCAUCCUGGUUGGGCAACCAGCUGCAUAUCCACAAUAUUUCUCCAUGAACAGAACCACUGCAGAGCUGCGUGUUCUGCAGCCUGUCAGCAGGGACUUCUAUCAAAUGUUCACACUUGUCAUCAAGGCUGAGCAGGACAAUGGCCACCCCCUCCCAGCUUAUGCCAACCUCAUUAUCGAAAUCCUGGAUGUGAACAACCAGGCGCCAUAUUUCCAGUUUGCCACCUAUCAGGGCUAUGUGAGCGAGUCAUCCCCUGUGGGUACGACUAUCUCAGCCAGUGCCAACCUCACUACCCCCUUGGGAAUCAUCGCUCUGGACAAUGACAUUGAGGAGACGAAAGACCCCAUGUUGAAGAUUUCCUUAAACGACUACACCACGAUCUUUGCUGUGACCCCAACUGGGCUAAUCCGGUACCUGAGUCUCCUCAAACCUGUGGACCGGGAGCAGCAGAUGUCUUAUACGCUCACGAUGGUGGCUUCAGAUGGUGUCCAGCUGAGUAGUCCAGUUACUGUCAACAUCCUGGUCAUUGAUGCCAAUGACAAUACACCCAGUUUCGCUAAGGUCUCCUACAGUGUUGAAGUCUAUACAGGCAUGCAGCCAGGAGAGACGGUACUACAGUUAACAGCAGUAGAUGCUGAUGAGGGAAUGAAUGGUCUAGUGACCUACGAGAUACUAGCCGGUGCCCAGGGACAUUUCAUCAUUAAUAAUCGCACUGGACGCAUUACUGUGGCACCAGGUGUCACUUUAACUGUGGGACAAUCUUACGCACUGACUGUUAAGGCAUCUGACAAUGCACCAGAGACUGAGAGGAGGAGCUCCAUCACCACAGUGUACAUUGAAGUUUUGCCACCCAACAACCAGAGCCCCCCACGCUUCCCCCUCCUCACCUACAGCGUGGAAGUCAGUGAGGCAAUGAGGAUCGGAGCCAUUCUGCUCAAUCUGCAGGCCACAGACAGAGAAAAUGACCCAAUCACAUAUCGCAUUGUGAGUGGAGACUCCCAGAAGGUGUUCAACCUCUCUGAGACGAUUGGCCUUCUACUUCUGGGUAAGCCUCUGGACAGAGAGACCACUGAUCAGUACCAUCUGAUUGUCACAGCCUCUGAUGGAAACCCUGGAGGGACAUCUACUACUACUGUGAACAUAGUCGUCACUGAUGUCAACGAUAAUGACCCUGUGUUCAUCACCAUGCCCACUAAUUUUACAGUGCAAGAAGAACAGGCAAAUUUGUUCGUAGGACAAGUCAGGGCCACAGAUCCCGAUGCAGGGGUUAACGGCCAGGUGCACUACCGGAUUGUGAAUUAUCCUGAACUGUUUAUAAUCAGUGCAAAUGGGAGCAUCUACACAAGAGUGCCUCUGGAUCGGGAACUUAGGAGCCAGUAUGACCUGGUGGUAGAGGCCUCAGAUGGGGCAGUGGAUCCACGUCGAACCACCUUGACCCUCUCAAUCAAGGUCACAGAUAUUGAUGACAACAGCCCAGUUUUCUCCCAGCAAGCAUAUGUGGUGAAUGUACCUGAGAAUAGCCCUGUGGGAACUAUGAUCCUGAGGCUGAGUGCGACGGACGCAGACCUCUUCUCCAAUAUCACUUACUGGAUCCGGACUGAAUCUGCCAGGCAGCUGUUCUCUCUGAAUGCUAUCACAGGGGAGUUAUUUGUGCUGCAGGCCCUGGAUUUCGAAAGCCUGGCAGCAAUGGGCAUGGGAACCUCCUACACUUUCCAGGUUGAAGCUGUUGACCAAGUAGGGGUCAUGCCUCCAGGGCAAGCUACCGUCACGGUCCGUGUCACGGACAUGAAUGACUUUGCCCCCGUCUUUAGCCGAGCACUGUACCUGGGCAUGGUGGCGCCCAAUGCAGAGAAAGGAACAGUCAUCACAACUGUUUUUGCUGAGGACCAAGACCCACCGGGUACUCCGGCCAGUUUUGUCCGCUACAGAGUGGACCAGGAAAGGUCACUGUACAGCGGAAGCAUUUUUGAUGUGGAAAAGGAAACUGGAAGAAUCAUCACCAAGGUCAAUCUCAAUGAAGAGCCCAGUGUCACCUUCAAGUUGUUUGUCAUAGCCUAUGAUGAUGGGGAGCCAGUGAAAACCAACAGUACUUUGGUGGAGAUCACUGUCCUUCAGCCUUCUCGCAUCCCAAUCUUCACCGAGGAAGAAUACAGGUUUCCUCCAGUCAGUGAGCUGGCUCCAGUUGGCACACCAGUCGGGAUCAUUUUAGCUGCUGCUAUCAAUCAAACAAUUUUCUACUCCAUUGUGGCGGGAAAUGAACUAGGUCAUUUUAAACUGAACAACAGGACAGGGGUCAUCUCCACAGCUAAACCUCUGGAUUAUGAAAAUGUGACCAGCUAUGUCCUCAGGGUCCAGGCAGACUCAAUGAUGGUUGUCAUGUCCAACCUGCGUGUGCCUUCUAAAACUAACACUGCCAAAGUCUUCAUUGACGUCAGUGAUGAGAAUGACCACCCUCCCGUCUUCUCCAGGCAGCUCUAUAUAGGUGGCGUGACAGAGGACACCAAGAUCUUCACCUCUGUGCUUAAGAUAGUGGCCACUGACAAAGACACUGGGAAUUACAGCGCCAUGGCAUACCGCCUGAUUAUCCCACCCGCAACAGAGGGCCAGGACAGCUUUGUCAUCGAGACUUACACGGGUAUUGUCAAGUCGGCCAUCAUGUUUCGAAACAUGCGCAGGUCCUACUUCAAGUUUGAAGUUAUUGCCACAGAUAACUAUGGAAAAGGUCUCAGCAGCAGUGCCCAGGUGGUGGUUUCUGUGGUCAAUGCACUGGACAUGCAAGUUGUUGUGUCCACUGUCCCGCCCACUUUAGUGGAAGAGAAUAAGGAGCAGCUCAUUAGCAUUCUUGAGCGCUAUGUCCAGGACCAGAUUCCAGGUGCUAAGGUGAUUGUGGAGUCUAUAGGGCCACGUCGUUAUGGCGAUGGCUAUGAACUAGAGGACUACAGCAAGUCUGACCUGAUGGUGUACGCCAUUGACCCCCUCACAAACAGGGCCAUUUCACGCCAGGAGCUCUUCAAAUUCCUCGAUGGGAAUGUGCUGGACAUCAACAAGGAAUUCCAGCCGUACUUGGGUGAAGGUGGCCGCAUCCUCGAGAUCCGUUCUCCAGACAUUGUGGCCACUGUGAAGAAGGCAGCCCAGGCUGUGGGCUACACGGAGGGAGCUCUCCUGGCCCUGGCCAUUAUCAUCAUCCUGUGCUGCAUCCCUGCCAUCCUCAUCGUCAUGGUCACCUACAGAGAGUUCAAAGAGCGACAGGCAGAGUGUGCCAAAACUGCCAGGAUUCAAAUGGCUUUACCACCAGGGGGGAAAGCACCUGCAGCCGGUGCUCCCAGUGUCAACCUCUAUGAAGAGCUGGGCGAUAGCAGCAUGCUUGGCAUUCCUCAGUAUGGCAGUCGGAGGAGGCUGAUAUCUCCCAUGUAUGAUGAGUAUGGAGAGGUGAUCAUGGAUGAUGAUGGGUAUUACUACAGUCCUCAUGGCCCUGAGCCUGGGAGAAAGAAGCGUAAUAAGCUGGUGGUCAAUAGGGAGAAUGAAACCAGCUCCACAGGAGAGGAGAGCACAACAGAGACCCAGAGGACCCGACUCCCCAACAGUCACAGCAACAUCAACGGGAACAUCUACCUUGCACAGAAUGGCACUAUUGUCCGAACUAGGCGGCCACCCCACCCAAACAACCUGAAGGUGGGUUCUCCAUGCCGGCUAGGUAAGCAUUUUAAAAAACUAGACAAGUUGGGUGUGACUUAUGAAGAACCCCCUCCCAUUGUUAGCAUUGAGGGCUCAGGAAACGACACAGAAAAUGUAAUGGGCACAUGUGUUCCCUCUAAUGUGGACCUCAACCUUAACACUCAGUCCUCCUCUGGCUCCCUGGAAUCAACCACCACAGAUCUUAAAAGGUUUGGGUCCAAGACCAAUAUUGCCAAGGCCUUGAUUGACAGAAACAGCAGUGGUCCAUGUCUCAGUGAAGAACAAGAGACUUCUGUUGACAACCACAAGAACAGUAGGGAGACACUGGAGUCCCACAGUGACCACACAUUUUCAGACGAGGAGGAGUUAUGGAUGGGGCCCUGGAACAGCCUGCACAUACCAAUGACAAAACUCUGACUGACCAGGGAGAAAAUUUAUUUCCAUUGUGUUAUUUUCCCGUCUUUAUCAUGUUGGUUUUAUUUAGAAAAUGAUCAUAAACAAAUUGUGUGCCUCAACCAGGUAAGUGCAGACCACUGUCCACACACAGAUGAUUGCACUUACAUAUGGUCAAGUUUUAUUUAACCAUAACACCGUAUGUUAAAGCUUUUAUCACCAACAGGAGGGAUGGGACCAUACAGCUGCAAGGCAAUGAGUGCCUCAAAGAAAUAUGAAAUUCUGUGUGAACCGCGCUUGACUGUAAUUUUAACUCUAUUUAACACAGAAAAUGGGCUUCUUUUAUUGAGAGAGUCCAUGUUUUUGCUUUUCUUUUCUCAGGCACAGUUUUUAAAUCCUGAAACAGAUCACAAAGAGAUCACUCAAUUCACUAUGAUUUUAUAGACAGUGAACACAUGACAGAAUUGUGAUCAUAUAGUCUAUGAGUAAAAGAAACUUAUUUUGCUAAUAGUAUUUUACUUUCAAAUAAUUAAGAUUGUCUCUCAUUCUAUGUUGUGAUCGCUUGGCGAUGCUUUUCAAAAUUUCUGAAAAAUAAAUGAAAUUAUUUUUGUCAGUUUUGUAUCUAACAGAUUGGGAAUCUAACAUAUGACAUUAAAAACAUAAUGUAUACACCUGACUGUCAUUACUGUAUUUCCACAGUGAAAUAUGGCAGCGAAAUCAUUGUGCUUUUAUAUGGACAUUUGUACAGAAUGUUGUAUUUUCAAUCCCUUUACAUGAUGCAGAUUCGUUUUGUUCAUGAUAAUUUAUUAACUGACACAUCAGGACCCCAUAUGGGAGGACAGGCUACCAAAAAUGUAUUUCAUUCAACAAUAAAGCUC